AUGCAUUUCCGAUCUAGCUUUGUCAUUAGCGUCAUCGCCGCCACCGCCGUGGCCUCGCCCGUCUUCAUCCGAUCUGAUGCUGAUGCGGCCACCAAGUACGUGGUGGAUAAGCGCUCCGACGCUGAUGCCGCUACCAAAUACGUGGUCGAUAAGCGCUCCGACGCCGAUGCCGCCACCAAGUAUGUCGUUGAUAAACGUUCCGACGCCGAUGCCGCCACCAAGUAUGUUGUGGACAAGCGCUCCGAUGCGGAUGCCGCGACGAAGUAUGUCGUCGAUAAGCGCUCUGAUGCCGACGCUGCGACCAAGUAUGUCGUCGACAAGAGGUCCGACGCAGAUGCCGCCACCAAGUAUGUCGUUGACAAGAGAUCCGACGCCGACGCCGCCACCAAGUAUGUCGUCGAUAAGCGCUCUGAUGCCGACGCUGCGACCAAGUACGUUGUUGACAAGAGGUCCGAUGCCGACGCCGCCACCAAAUACGUGGUUGACAAGAGGUCCGAUGCUGAUGCCGCCACCAACUACGUUGUUGACUAA